UGAGACGCGAUUCGUCACUCUUGCAGAACUUUCCCCCUGAAAAUCCCUGCAGCAGAACCAACCCUCCCCGCGGCUCUGGGGAGGUUUUGAUUUUGGUGACUUUUCCUUCCUUUUAUUUCCCGUCGUGUGCGGGGUUUGGCGGCGGAGCAAACUCGCAGCUCGCCCGAGUACAUGUCAGCGGUAAUCGCCCCCGCAGCCGGGUCCCCUGCCACCAUGCACUCCGAAGCAGAAGAGCCCAAAGAAGUGGCCACAGAUGUCUUCAAUUCCAAAAACCUGGCCGUUCAGGCACAGAAGAAGAUUUUGGGUAAAAUGGUGUCCAAAUCCAUUGCGACCACCUUAAUAGAUGAUACCAGCAGUGAAGUGCUGGAUGAGCUGUACAGAGUGACCAAGGAGUACACCCAAAACAAGAAGGAGGCGGAGAAGAUCAUCAAAAACCUCAUCAAAACAGUCAUCAAGCUGGCCAUUCUUUACAGGAAUAAUCAGUUCAAUCAAGAUGAGCUAGCACUGAUGGAGAAAUUUAAGAAGAAAGUCCACCAGCUCGCUAUGACGGUGGUCAGUUUCCAUCAGGUGGAUUAUACCUUUGAUCGGAAUGUGUUGUCCAGGCUGCUGAAUGAGUGCCGGGAGCUGCUCCACCACAUCAUUCAGCGUCACCUCACCGCGAAGUCACACGGACGGAUUAAUAAUGUCUUCGAUCACUUUUCAGAUUGUGAUUUUUUGGCUGCCUUGUAUAAUCCCUUUGGAAAUUUUAAACCCCACUUACAAAAACUUUGUGAUGGUAUCAACAAAAUGUUGGAUGAAGAGAACAUAUGAGCGUGUGAAUUGAGAUGGUGACUGCUCGUAAUUUGUUUGAAGAUGGAGCACUGCUGAUUUAUGAAGGAAAAAAGAAUUUUUAACGAUUACGCCUUUUCCAGAAAGACUGCCCAAUUUGAUUGUUGGACACAAACGAUAAUGUUUUAUGAGGCUUGUUUAUUUGAAGAAAAGCAGAGUGCCAAAAAUUCUAGUUAAAAACUUCUUAACAGUAAUAGAUCAUGGGAAAGUUGUAUCCUUGAUAAUGCAAACAUGGAGUUAUAAAUUGAGAAAUACGAAUGACUCCAAACCUCAAGACAUCUUCUUUUAGGGUAAUAGAUGUGUCAACGGCACAGUGAAUAUUUGCAACAUGUACAGACUUCUGCAUUUUGAUUCACUUUUAUUCCUUACUGUGGAUAUGUACCUCUUUAAAAAACCCAAAACCUUUCUCUUGUUGCCAUUGCUUCUUUUGCAACAAUUCCAUUUUCAAGUCAACCUUUAUUAACGAUUUUGUCGUUGACAUUCCGGAAUUAAGUCUUAACUAAGAAGUAAGACAUUCAAGGUUUGAGGCAGUCAAGUGAAACUCAGAAAAAUAAAAAAAACGGCUCUGAAGUUGAUGUUGUAUAAACAAGCUGUAUUUGACAUUUUAAAUAAUGUCUAAUGUAAGAAUAUGCUUCUGGUAUUGUUUUGUUUUUGUUUUUGUUUUUAUAGUACCAAGAGUGAUACUUCCCCAAAAUGUGAUAAUUCCCCAAAACGUAUUGGUGUGUGUUGCCUUGAAAUAAUUGCUGAGAGCUUUACUUUUAUCUUAUCUAGAACAUGUGCUGAUGGAAUCUUCAUUUUUAUAUCCAUUUCAAAUGUAAAAGUAAAAAUAUAGAUUAUUCUUGAUAUGGAGACAACAAAAAUAAUGGUGUCAAGAAAGAUACAAACAUUUUGUAAAGCAUACAUUUUGAGAAGAAUCCAUCAAAAUAACUUAAUUUGGGGGCAUCAGGAGCAAAGGAGUAGAAUGGAUAUUUCUCCAUGAGAGUGAAAAUGAAUGCAUUUCAAUGUUUGAUAAGGUUUCAUAGGUAAAUAAAGAAUGUCACUUUUUUAUUUAACUGAUAAAGUUUUUGCUAUUUUGUUAUUUGCAACUUUGAUGAGUAAACCAAAGAAAAUUUGCAUUCUAAGCAGUUUGUGUGUUGCUUCCACAUAAUGUUAUGUGUCUGAAUAACAAAGUAAGCAUUUGCAUAUUUUGUAAAAAAGGAAAUGGAAACAUGCCGGCCAACUCUUUGACCUGGGGAAAAACAGAUCAAACACAGGCACUAAAUAUUUGCAUUUGUCACUGUGUCAGAUUUAGUGAACUCUUUUGCUUUGGAUUUGCCUACCUCUCAGAAUACUGAUAUUAAAAUAACAGCUCACCAGGAAAGCCACACCAAAAAAUCCCAGACCUUGAGAUCUGCUUUAACUCUGCAUCCUAGUGGAGGUGGUCACUUUCUAUGGGACCAUCAUGUGCUUGUCUAACACAAGGAACAGAAGCAGAGAGUGUUCCCCAUCUGAAGUACAUCCUAACACCAAGAUUUGAACUGCAAGUACAGCUCUCUCCUCCCGGAGCCAUAUGGUAUAACUGUAUGUAUAACAAUAGCACAGUGAGUGCAGAAAUCACCGCGCCCCCUCCCCCUAGCUUCAUAGCUUGCUAAGGAGCUUAUUAAUUUUCAUCGGCAGCCUCCCUUCAGCAGCUCUGAUUUCCCCUUGUGGGAAAGCUGACAGCGAUCAGAUGUCAGCUACUGACUUGGUGCAUUCCGUUCUCUACCAGAUCUCCUUCUGCAGAGGUAUGGAAAAAUGGAGUGCCUGGGUAGUACUUCUUGCAUGUCUCUAGCUUUGGAUAGGAACAGCCAGAAAGAGAGGCUUGGGAGGGGUCCUUUAGACUAGUCUGGACACAUCUGGAUCAUAGAGAUGCAUCUGUGGGGUAGUAAUCAAAUGUACAUGGCAAAGAGGGAAAAAAAGCUCUAACACAAAAGGAAGGCAGUGAAGAGUGUCCUGCAGGAGGGAAUCCUGUUUGCCAGUCUCUCAGCAUGACCUUUUGGAGGGAAGCCACUUUUCCUUACCAGUCCUUUGCUGGAAGGACUGCCUUAGGCACAUCUGUUACAAAGUCAUCACCAGCAGGUUCGUUUCUGAUGCAACAGGACUCCCCUUAUGCAUGAGCUUAAUGGAGGGGGAAAGUUGGAAAGAAUCCAGGGAUAGAUCAUUCUGAGCCAAGUUAAUAGUCAUUUGGGGAUCUUUUUAAUUGUGCCUUUGUUAACAUUUUGGAAAGAAAUCAUGAAUUGUUUUAAAAUGACUAUUAACUUUGUAUGACUUCUCUACCAACAUUAUGAGUUAACAGGUGAGUGAUAAUGCUCAUGUUAACAACUGACUCUGACAGUGGUUAUUACGAGCCAGGCACAUUAAUUCAUUUAAUCCCUCCACUAACAUUUUCAGUUUUACAAAGGAGGACAAUGAGGCAGGGGAAAUGAAGGAAUUUACCUGAGGUCACUUAAUUUAGGUCUUAAAGCCAAGGUAUUAAUAAAAAAACCCAAAAAACUUAAUUUCCAUUCAAAGAUGAUAUGGAUUAAGGCAAUGCUGGACACACCAUGAGUGAGUGUGCUUCUGGGGUAGUAUUUCACAUAGUGACAUUUUAAAUGGUAGCGAAAUCAUGCAGUUCUGAACAAGUUGCUGAUGAUCUGGGUUUGAUUUUAUACAAAGACACUUUAGAAAACUUGAACAUGGUUCCUAAUGUGGGGACAUCUUAUUGUUCAGAUUUCUUUCCCCUCAAGGAGAUCAUUUAAUCCGAGGUGCUCACAAUUAAUGACGACCUUGAGCAUUGAUUGAAUCAGGAGGUACAGCUACUCUCCUGCCUCCCCCUCAGGACUUUCCACAGACACACCAGGAGCUCUGUGUAAACCCAGCCAAGAAGACAGAAGCCACAGUUGAUCAUUGUUUCCCCAGAAAAGGUAUGGCAUCAAUUGGAAAUUCCAUCUUUUUCCAGGCUUAGAGGCUGGAAAUAUCUGUGCAAAUAAGUUUAAAAAUUAGCCUUGUGUUUUUGUGAUUAUUAGACCUUUCACGUACAACUCAGAAUUAGUUUAGAAAAAAAUGAACAUGUGUUAGGAACUUUCAUGGUACGGAAAUAAUGCUUUUAUUGUCUUAUAUAACAGUAUCUUAUUCACAAUUAUCUGGAAAGUUCUUCUCUUACCAUGUCAACACUUAAAAAAACAUAAAGCUUAAAUUUUUUGAUGGAUUUCCCUCCAAGAUUAAAAUAGCACUAUUUGUGGUCUGUACAUAAUAAAUCAAUUGGAAUAUUACCAAGCAUUUUAAUUUUUCCU